AUGAGUGACAAGCUAAGGAUACAUGUGGAUGGUGUUGACAUCAAACCCAAAUACGUUUUAUACAGGAUCAGCACGCCGACCAAGCUUUUUUACAAGAGAUAUUCCGAGUUCUGGAGACUGAAAACACAAUUGGAGAAGCAAAUCGGGAGUUCCAUACCAUACGAUUUCCCUGAGAAGCCCAGUGUGCUGGACAAAAUGUGGAAAAGAAGAUAUGACGAUCCAGAAAUGAUUGACGAAAGACGUGUUGGGCUAGAAAGGUUUCUCAAUGAGCUGUACAACGAUCGUUUUGAUUCUCGAUGGAGAGACACAAAAAUCGCACAAAAUUUCUUGCAAUUGUCCAAAGCAAAGGCCUCUCAGGAGGAACCAAAACAGCGUCAAGAAGCUGAUGACGAAAUAAGAUGGGAUGAGUUGAUCCGAGAUGUCAAGUUAGAUUUAGAUGAGGAAAGUGAUGAUACGCCCAGUGUACGUAGAGUACUAAGAGCACGCACAAAGCUGCACAAAUUACGAGAACGAUUAGAACGAGAUGUGCAAAAGAAGUCACUUCCGGGAACGGAAGUGACCCGUCGCGCUGCUCUGUUGAGAUCGUUACUCAAAGAAUGUGAUAAUAUUGGCGUGGCGAACACCACACAGGACCGAGGACGGCUUCUGGGGGUCGCCGCUGCAGAAACAUCUUCAAACACAGACUCUCAAGGGAGAACUAACAGCGAUUUGCAACAGGGGCAGGUACAAAUGGUACGCGAUCAAGAACAGGAAUUGGUCGCGUUGCACCGGAUUAUCCAGGCCCAACGUGGAUUAGCCUUGGACAUGAACGAAGAACUGCAAACGCAAAACGAAUUGCUCACGGCCCUCGAAGAUGACGUCGACAAUACGGGCAGGAGGUUGCAGAUGGCUAACAGGAGGGCCAGGCAAUUCAAUAACAGUGCCUAA